UUUUUGAAAAAAGUCAUAAAACAGUGCCAACGGGGAAACGAAACUAAAGCUUGACCGCACAUUUUUUAAACUUCCUCCCUUAUAAAAAGCAGAGUGAACUCACAGCCUGCAUUCUUGGAGGACGAGAGAGAGGAGGAGAGUGAGACUGACACCAGCAUGCAGUACCAGUGGGCUGAAGAUGACUUUAGUCUGCCCUAUGGGGUAAAUCGACUGGGCCUCUCUGAGCCAGUUAGUGGUAAUAAGUACAUCAUGUACCACGGCACCACCAGGCAGAACGCUCAGUCCAUCCUGGCUACAGGUUUUCAGCAGUCUGAAGACGGGAUGCUCGGCCGCGGCGUCUACCUCAGCAGAGACGUAGAGAAAGCUCGUCGCUAUCCCAUUGGUCACCCCGAGUGUGACAAGGUCGUCAUCAGGGUUCUGGUCAACGUGGGGCAAGUGAUCGCCAUCAAUUUUAAGGGCCAUCCACGUCAGAAGACCUGGCAUGCCUAUGGCUAUGACACCGCCUGGGUGCCACCCGGGUGUGGCAUGGUGAAGAGCGGUUUGGAGGAGGAUUGCGUCUGGGAUCCCUGUCAAAUCCAGAUCAUUGAUACCAUCAACCCACGCCCAGUCCAACCCUACUAUGGAUGUGGUCCCUAUGGAUACAUGGGCUGUGAUUCUGACACCAGCAUGAACCAGGAGUUCAGAGGUAAAAAAUAUAUCAUGUACCACGGCACCACCAGGAAGAAUGCUGAAGCCAUCGAGUCUGAUGGUUUUCGGCAGUCUAAAGACGGGAUGCUCGGCCGCGGCGUCUACCUCAGCAGAGACGUGGAGAAAGCCAGCUGCUAUCCCCAUAAUCACCCUGAGUCUGACAAGGUCGUCAUUGUGGUUAAGGUCAGCGUGGGGAGAGUGAAAAAGAUCGAUUAUCAAGGCCAUCCACUUCAGAAGACCUGGCAUGACCACGGCUAUAACACCGCCUGGGUGCCACCCGGUUCUGACACCAACAUGCAGUACCAGUGGGCUGAAGAUGACUGUAUUCUGCCCCCUGGGGUUUGUCGACUGGACGGUGGUGCACCAGAUUGUGGUAAGACGUACAUCAUGUACCACGGCACCACCAGGCAGAAAGCUCAGUCCAUCCUGGCUACAGGUUUUCAGCAGUCUGCAGACGGGAUGCUCGGCCGCGGCGUCUACCUCAGCAGAGACCUGCAGAAAGCUAGCUGCUAUCCCAUUAAUCACCCUGAGUGUGACAAUGUCGUCAUCAGGGUUCUGGUCAACGUGGGGCAAGUGAUCUCCAUCACUUAUCAAGGCCAUCCACGUCAGAAAACCUGGCAUGACUGCAGAUACGGACCGGUGUACGACACCGCCUGGAUGAUACCCAGGUGUGAAAUGGUGCCAAGCGUUUUGCAGGAUUGUGUCUGGGAUCCCUGUCGAAUCCAGAUCAUUGAUAUCAUCAACCCGUGCCCCAUCCAAGUCUUCCCUGGAUGUGUUCCAUGUGUAUACACGGGCUGUUAGCAAUUUAUUUUGUAUGUUCAAAUGUAUUUUUACAUAUUUGGAUAAAAAGUAAAUUACACUUUGUUACUGUGUCAUUGUAACCUGGAAAAUAAACGGGUGGUCU